AGCUAACGAAGUUAACUAAGGGACAGUACAACAAUACUCCACAGUACACAGCUCAUUCUUACUCCGUCUUCCGAUCGACCAGCAUCAAACCGCGCAGUAAAAGGCUUGACCUCACCAUGUCCUUCGGUGGGGCUUUGAAUGAGGAUGACGACAUAUUGACCAACAGAGCAGCCGUCAGCGAAAGAAGAAUGCAGCGUGGACAAGAAACAAGGCAUCAUGAAAUGACAAUUCUCUGGCCCCAUGUGGUUCUCGCUGUUACUAUCCAUCUGUUUGCCCUGUACGGGGCAAAGCUUUUCAUCACAGAUGCCAAGCCACUGACAAUCGUCUGGUCAUGUCUGUUGCAUGUUCUAAGCGUGUGGGGUCUAGCUAUCGGCGCGCAUCGGCUGUGGUCGCACAGGUCGUUCAAAGCAAAGCUUCCUCUGCGUAUCUUCCUCACCUUUUGUAACACGAUUGGCUUCCAAUUCCCAAUCUUCUACUGGGCCAAGAUCCACCGUUUGCACCACAAGUUUCCCGAGACGGACGCCGACCAUGCCAACGUCAAGCGCGGGUUCUUCUUCGCCCACGUUGGAUGGCUGUUGUGUAAGCAGCACCCCGAUGUUAAACGUCUGGGCUACUCCAUCGACAUGAGCGAUCUCUUGUCUGACCCCUGCGUUUCUUUUCAGAAAAAGCAUUUCUUGAAACUUGGCAUCGCACUCUGCUUCGUCAUGCCGACUGUGGUGCCGAUCCUGUGGGGCGAGUCACUCUUCACGGCCUUCUUUACUGCCGCCGUCUGCCGUUUUGUUUUUACCCUACAGAUCCAAUUCUGCCUCACUUCCAUUGCUCAUUACGUCGGAGACAGACCCUACGACGGGGCGAUUUCGGCUGCCCAGACCUCCCUUCUCAAUCUACUCACGUUGGGAGAGGGCCAACACAACUUUCACCAUGUAUUUCCGUGGGACUACAAGGCGUCCGAGUACAGUUACUACCUCACCAACCUGAACACAGCCUUUAUCGACGCUAUGGCCGCUCUGGGGGCGGCCUACGACCUCAAGACCACUAGCGCAGCAGCGAUGAAGGCACGCGUGCUGCGCUCGGGCGACGGAUCCCAUCAUGUGUGGGGCUGGCGCCAUCAAGACGCUGUCGCGGAGGAACGAGUGGAAUUGAACAAGCUGGCUUGCGAAGCUCACUAGAGUAACGAAACGCACUUCGGGUUGGCCUACGGCAAAAAAAAAUAUCAGACCGGCGGUUAGUUCUGAAAGAUGGAGAUGACCCAGGCUCUUGGCAUUCAACAACCACCCUGUUCGUCCCGAUCGGACCCCGGGACCCACUUGCUCAACGUCUGUGCAUUUUAACAUGGGUUUCUUGUGGGCUUUUGGGUGUCAAAUCGGAAAACGACCCUGUAGAUUCAGAAAGCCACCGUAGAGCAAUAUAAUUAUGAAAUUCGUAAUCUACGUUAAAAACUGAAUCUGCCAAUGUCGCGUUCGUACUGUGUCACCUAGUACCCAGAUUCGUUAGGCUUUGAAUUUUCCCUCAUUUCUCAAAAUAUGGAGAUUUAUGAGAGGUAGCAAAUCAGAAACCUGUAUACGAUAAGGAAUAAGGAAUCAGGGCAGGGCACUGCGCGAUAAGAAAAUCCUGGUGGAAUUUACACCAGUGGCUGUGAAACGCAAGGGUUCGGGAGAUCAUGUAUCAUUGAACAAUAUUAAAUCGCACGGAAACGGACUAGAGACAGUCUAAUUCAGAAAGAAUUGGAAUACAAUUUCACAUAAAAUACAGCAUGCAACAGUCCGGCACACCACUUAGUGGCGUGCACGAUUCAGGCAUGCCUUGUUUAAACAAGGAGACCUGCGCCAGUGAAAAAAAUUGUCACUUACUUUUAAAAUAUGCCUCUAUAGCGUGACGAGAGCGAUUUUGAAAUGUUUGACUGUAGGGGGAAGAGGGCAGUUCGUCUUAAGAAUUUUCCUCUAACCAUGCAAUUUUUCAUGUCAGAUUAAAAAUAAAAUUUUAUGUACAAUGGUA